CUUAAACAGACUAUUGGUGUCUGCACUCUGCGCUAGUUGCAGUACGUUUGUACCGCGUGGUCCGCCUAGUCGUAUCCGUCACUUAUAUUACACGAAAUAAUAUAAUGCCCAUUGUAUUAUAUUAAUACAGAAAUACACAGUUAUAAUAUUAUUAUCAUUACACGUCGUCAUCAAGUCGCGGUAAGAAAUCAAACGGAACCGGAAUUUAGAAAACGACUGCACCGCAUUGUAACAACACUAUUGUUGUCGUUUAAUCUCCCGAGUCCGAUCAUCGUAGUCAUCGGCCAGCAACAAGAAAACUAUUAUAAUGCUCUUCAAAAUCGCUGCAGUGCUCUGGACCGCCGGUCUAGCAUACGGAUUACCAAGCCCUGGAGAAAGCGAACAAUCAUUUGGUUACGAUUCUGGAGAGCUCGAUCCUUUACAUUGGGCAACAGAAUAUAAAACAUGCUCAGGAAAGUAUCAAUCACCAAUCGACAUUGAAGAAAAUCUUGUAACAAAAGUAAAUUUACCACUUUUACGUUUUCACAAUAUUGAUGAACUUCCCACUGGAGCAAACAUAACAAAUAAUGGACAUACAGUGGUCAUACAAUUGAAUUAUACUCAACAAGUAAUGAUCAGUGGAGGUCCACUGACGCCAACCUACAAAUUCACUCAAUUGCAUUUCCAUUGGGGUGUUAAUGAUUCAUUGGGUAGUGAAGACCUUAUUAACAACCAUAGCUACCCGAUGGAAUUGCAUAUGGUAUUUUCAAACACAGAUUAUGAUGAUGACAAAGUAGCCUUAACAAAAAGUGACGGAUUGGUUGUCUUAGCUAUGUUCUUUGAAAUAACCCAAGAGGACAAUCUCGUGUACUCAGAAAUCGUCGACUCCUUAAGUCAAAUACAUAUGCCUGAUCAAUCAACACAUUUACCAGUUGGAUUCACCAUCAGAUCCAUGUUACCCGAAUCUACCGAACACUAUUUCACGUACAAGGGUUCCUUAACUACACCACCUUGUUUAGAAGUCGUUCAAUGGAUAGAUUUCAAACAUCCUAUUAAAUUAUCUCAUAAUCAAGUUCAAGCUUUUCGUACAUUGCGUUCAAAACACGGACAAUUAACACACAAUUCUAGGCCUGUACAAGAGUUGUCGGGAAGACCAGUAUGGUAUAACGUAGGUGAUUUUGCGGCUUUGAAUAAUCCAAUUAUUGAGAAAAAUUCCGCUUCAACAAUAGGUCUUCUCAUGUCCGAUAUUCUCAUGUUAUUGGGCUGCAAACUUGCUGCACUAAUGCUAUUUUGAUUCUCCUGUUGUAUUUAAAACCAAUUUAACCAUCAACAGUCUUGUUAAAUUAUUAUGGUCCAUAUAAGGGAUAAUUAUACUAUAAAUUAAUCAAUAUGUAUAUAUACGAAAACAAAAAUUGUAUAACUAUUUAUGUGAUAGAUCUCAACAGUUUAUUCUUAGACGAUUUGUGUGUUUUACUUCUAUUUGAUGAAACAUUUUUUUUUUUUGUAUUUUACUAUUAUUUUCAUAUUAAGAAUUUUUUUAAAAAUUAUUUUACUAAUUAUUUUUGUACUAACCAUUUUAAUUACCUAUGUAAUUUUUAUGAGUUACUUGAUUUGAAGAUAACAAUCUUUGAAACAUGUUCUAAAAACAUUUUAUGUCAUUACAGAACAUUUUUCACACUUUUAAGCUAAUGAAUUUGUCUUCAAUAAAAAUGACAGCCAUAUUUUAUAAUUCCAUUGAUCACUUUAUAAAUAGCUAGAAAGUAGAUAAUUUUAAAUAUUGGUUUUGUAUUAUAAAUGUUAUAAUGUAUAUUUUUGUGGUUUAAUUUAACAAUAAUA